AACUCAAUCGAUGACAACUACGAUGUUAUAGUGUAUACUUUUAUUACCAAAACCCAUUACAGUGUAGUGCCACUGUGCUGUUUACAUUAGUGUAGUAUUAGUGUACACGUGAGUGCAAUAAAAUGGGCUGCAACACAAGUUCCGAAGCGAAAACGACCAAAGACGAAAAUGAACAAAGUAAGGACACAACGCAAAAUAAACAAAAUAAUGCACAAAAUGACGCUAAUGCUGUUAUUUCAGAGGAGCAAGCGGCGACUAAGAUACAGGCAGCGUUCAGGGGCCACCAGACAAGAAAAACAAUGAGUAUGAAGGCAGCCACCAAGAAACCAGAGCCGGAGCCAUCCAAGGCCGAGCUGGAAGCCGAAUUCCGAGCCGACGAUAAAGACCUGUGUCAUGCGGCGACGAAGAUCCAAGCGUCCUUCAGGGGCCACCAGGCACGCAAGCAGACGCAGGCAGAGAAGGACAAAGAACAGCAGGAUAAGGAAGAUAUAGAGAAGAUUGACUUGACCGAUCCAGACCUGAAUAAGGCUGCGACCAAGAUACAAGCCUCGUUCCGCGGCCACAAAGUACGCAAGGACGUCCCCAACUAAGGUGACCAUCCGUUCGUGGCACGAGAGAGUCUCUAACUUCGUGGGUACGAAACUAGAAAUGUGUUCGAUGACAUCUAGGUUAUAAUUAUAAACGUAAGGCAAGGUGUAACUUUUAGAGAAACUAAACAUGUUCUCAUUGUUUUCAAAACAAACUAAUUUGAGAUACGUACUAGUUGACUAGUUGAGUUUUGGGAAUCGUGCGUACGAAGUUAGAUGACCUGGCAUCGUUUAAUAGUUAUGUAAAAGUGAGUAAUCGUGAAUGGGAUGUCAAUUCUAUACUAAACUAUGUACUACGUCAAUUGUCCUAUAUUUAUGUUGAUCAUCUGUAUGUAGCAUUGGAUUGACGUGUCACAUGAAUACCAAAGAGUAGAGAAUAUUGGAAAUGAAUUACUAUUCAUAAUAUAUAUUAUAUCUGUCCCGUUUUUCUAUUAACAUUUUGGCCACCAUACUUCGUGUUAACCUAAGUAAAAUUACUUAAAGUUUUUUCAUUUUUUUAACAUUCCAUUAUAACGAUCUUCUACUUUCAAUGUUUGUUGAAUAUGUAAGAUUUUAUUUAAGAAUAAAGUAGUUUUAAGGUCCUUAGAUUUUAAUUGCCAAUAAAAAUAUCUGCUUCAUUUAAUGCAUAUUAAUUACAUAUAAAUGCAAAUUCAUAUAAAUACCUGUAAUGAUAUAUGUAUAUCUAUAUAUUGAAAUGUGAAUUGAAAUUGUACCGUUCCACAGGAAUAUAAAUAUUUAUUUGUUAACUUUUUUAUUUACAAUUUUGUUUUAUUAAUUUAAUUGUUACCACCACGCAAGUUCGCUGAAUUUUCCUGUAAA